GGCUAUUAGCGAGAAUUUACUUCCGGGGCGGCUCCGCGUCCAGGGCGGAAGUUACGUGAGCCCCGCGCCCUGAGCGUGAUGGAGCAGCAGCAGCUAAGAAACUUGCGAGACUUCCUGUUGGUCUACAAUCGGAUGACCGAACUGUGCUUCCAGCGCUGUGUGCCCAGCCUGCACCACCGAGCUCUGGACGCUGAGGAGGAGGCCUGUCUGCACAGCUGUGCUGGGAAGCUCAUCCAUUCUAACCACCGCCUCAUGGCCGCUUAUGUGCAACUCAUGCCCGCCCUUGUCCAGCGCCGCAUCGCGGACUACGAGGCUGCCUCGGCCGCGUCAGGUCCUGCAGAGCAGCCCAGAGAUUCGGCAGCAAGCAGCUAGCCAUCCCCUGGCCCAGGAGGGAGGUGAUUUUUGCCCUGGGGUCCAUUGGCCUUAAACUUGUGAUCCUACUUUCUCAGCCUUCCAGGUACUGGGAUUACAGACAUGGGCUACAACUGGUUGCUAGAUAAUUCUGUAGGAAGAUAAAAAUUGCUGAUGAGGUGCUUCCCUGUAGAAUGACCUCAUGUCUACCGGAUAAAAUUCACUCCUUGACAGUAUAAAUGUAAGUAAAGCAGCUUGUGAACAUCUUAAUUCCCAAAGAUAGGAAGGUAGAAACCCAGGGUAUUGUGUUGCUGUUGGGAGAGCUUUUCUACAUCAGCAUUGUAUGUAUCCUUUCAAUAAACACGUCCUGUGAGU